AUGAGUAUUGACAGAAAGAUUAUUCGAGCUGUUCCCAACUUCGUUUCCAACAGCUUCGGCCAACUUGUGAAGGCGCGAUACGCGACAACAGCCGCGCAUCAAGCUAGCCUUGCGUGGAAGAUGCCGUGGCAGCAAUGCUCGAUCUUCGAAACGAAAAGGGACGCCGGCAGUCCGUCUAAGCCACGUGGAGCACAGGGCGAGCUUGGAAAUAAGGCUGUUCGUGCAUCUCCUACACAAAGCAACCCAUCGGACCACGAUGAGCACCAAUACAUUCAUGAAAUCUUCAGGAAGCAAGCACUGCCGAAGUGGAAUGCGAACGUCUACGUAAAGGCGCUGCAGAAUUUUGCUUACCUGCAACCCCGGGAGAAUGAUAACGCCGCGGACUUGGUUGGGAAAUUGGUCAGAGUUCUCGCGCAAAACAUAAAUGCACUAAACAAUUACGAAAUCACGCGGGUCAUUUUCGCAUGCUCGAAGGGAAGACUGCUACAAAACAGGUAUAUCACAAGGUCGUUCGUUAGGCUCCUAGAAAACGAAGUGAUGCAACGGCUGGACACGCUGUAUGCAAUUGACCUGUUUCGCAUACUGCACUCGGUCACUCACAUCAAUGCCGACGCGGCCAGGUGCCCUGUGGAGCCUAUAUACAACUUCGCGCAACCAAAUGAGAUGCCGUUUGACCCGAGCAUGGUAAAGCACGUAAUUGGUCGCAUCGUAGACAGAAUCGCAAACCUGGGUACCAUGGACAUCGCAAACCUUACAUGCCUAAUCGCAUAUAACGGAAUGGAUGACGACAAAAUAUCGCAAAGACUCAACAGCGCAAUCAGGAGAAGGCUGUGGGGGAUUAAGGACACGAUCAAGGUGCUUACUCCAGUCAUAGCCCUUGCGAUGUUUGGUAACUUAUCGACGGAUACGGUGAACUGUGCUCUCAAGGCCAUUCGCUCCAUCUCCACGCUGCCUACGUAUGGAGUGAAGGACACGACCGCUAAGGAUAAUUGGAGGAUAUUGCAGACGGUGAAUAACGAGCUGUACCCCUUGAAACUGUUAGAAAUGGCCGUGCGAGCCGAUUACGAACAGGUUGGAGACAGUAGCAACGAAAUCUAG